UUACACAUCACUGGGUGCUCACUGAGAUGGCCCUUUGUUUGCCUGCAGGUGUUUGUGUUGUGCCAUGGGCUCCUCCAGCUCUCCCAGCUCCUCUACAGCGCCAACUUCAAGAGCAGCCUCACCACCAUUGAGAAGCGCUUUGGGCUCUCCAGCCUCUCCUCAGGUUUCAUCUCCAGCUUGCACGAGAUUGGCAACGUGGUCCUCAUCAUCUUCGUCAGCUACUUCGGCAGCCGCGUCCACCGCCCGCGGGUCAUCGGCCUGGGAGGGCUGCUGCUGGCCCUGGGGGCCUUCCUGGUCACCCUGCCCCACUUCCUCUCCGAGCCCUAUGAGUACACCACCACUCUUAGCCCUGGAAACAAAAGCCAGCUCCAGGUGGAACUCUGCUCUGCAGAGAAUAAGUUUGUGUGCCCAAACACCACCCAGGAUCCCCAGAAGGAGGCCAGCAGCAUAUGGGCAAUGAUGGUCAUUGCUCAGCUGCUGGCUGGCAUUGGGACAGUUCCCAUCCAGCCCUUUGGGAUAUCCUAUGUGGAUGACUUUGCAGAAGCCAACAAUUCCCCGUUGUAUGUUGCCAUCCUCUUUGCCAUUGCUGUCUUUGGCCCAGCUUUUGGAUACCUGCUGGGCUCCGUGGUGCUCCGGCUCUUCGUGGAUAUUGGGAGAGUUGACCUUGCUGCAGUGGCCCUGACACCAAGGGACCAGCAGUGGAUUGGAGCCUGGUGGCUGGGACUUCUCAUCUCCUCGGGCUGCCUGGUGCUCACAUCCAUCCCUUACUUCUUUUUCCCCCGGUACCUGCUGAAAGGAGAGGACCCGCACGCGGAGGCUGGCAUGCUCAGGAAGAUGGAGAAUGGCCUGGCUGAAGAAACCUCCCUCCUGGAGUUCAUAAAAAGAUUCCCAAAGAUCUUCCUCAGGCUGCUCCUCAACCCCCUCUUCAUCCUCCUGGUGCUAGCUCAGUGCAGCUUCUCCUCAGUCAUUGCAGGUCUGGCCACUUUCCUCAACAAGUUCCUGGAGAAGCAAUACGGUGCCUCCUCCUCCUAUGCCAACUUUCUCAUAGGAGCUGUGAAUCUGCCAGCAGCAGCACUUGGGAUGCUCCUGGGAGGAAUCCUCAUGAAGCGUUUCGCCUUCUCCCUGCGGGCCAUCCCCCGCUUUGCUGUGGUGGUGCUUGUGUUCUCCAUCCUCAUCUGCCUGCCCAUCUUCUUCAUGGGCUGCUCCACGGGGCACAUUCAUGGGAUCUACCCCCCCAGUACAUCGAGUUCCCGGCUGCAGGUUAAGAAGCUGAGUGGGUGCCACUGCUCUGAGCACAUCUUUCACCCAGUGUGUGGAGAAAACGACGUGGAGUACAUCUCCCCUUGCUUUGCUGGCUGUGUGAACAGCACUGCUAAUUCUUCCACUCCCAAACAAGUGAUCUACAAGAACUGUUCCCUGAUCCCUGCUGGGAACGGGCUGUCCUCUGCCAGGGCGGGCUCCUGUCCCCUCAGCUGCUCUGACAUGCUCCUUCCUGCCAUCCUGCUCAUCUCCUUUGCAGCCCUGGUGGCCUGCCUGUCCCACAACCCCCUCUACAUGAUGGUGCUACGGGUGGUGAACCAGGAUGAGAAGUCCUUUGCCAUCGGAGUCCAGUUCUUACUAAUGAGGCUACUGGGUGAGUGUCCAUGCCCCGUAUUUGGGGCCCUCAUCGACCCCUCCUGCAUCUACUGCCAGCAGCAGUGCACCCAGCGCCGCUUCUGCGUCUACUACAACAACGACUUCCUCCGCAACAGAUACCUGGGGCUGCAAGUGGGCUACAAGGUGGUGGGCACCGUCCUCCUGGCCCUCAUCAGCUGGAAGGUGAAGAGGAGUAAGGAGUAUAACGUGCAGGAGAAGGCAGCAGGGCUGGUGUAG